AUGCCUCAAAACGAAUAUAUUGAACAACAUGUUAAACAGCAUGGUAGAAGAUUGGAUUAUGAAGAAAGAAAGAGAAAGAAAGAAGCAAGAGAGGUGCAUAAAAUUGCUUAUCAAGCACAAAAAUUAACUGGUUGGAGAGGUAAACAAUUUGCUAAGAAGAGAUAUGCUGAAAAGGUGGCUAUGAAGAAACGUAUUAGGGCGCAUGAGCAAAGUAAGGUCAAAGGGGGAUCCAAACCAUUGGAUGAAAAUGGGGAUGCCUUGCCAACAUAUUUAUUGGACAGAGAACAAACUAAUACUGCUAAGGCUAUAUCGUCUUCUAUCAAACAGAAAAGAUUGGAGAAAGCUGACAAAUUCUCUGUGCCAUUACCAAAAGUUAGAGGUAUCAGUGAGGAAGAAAUGUUUAAAGUGGUUAAGACAGGUAAAUCUAAAUCUAAGUCAUGGAAAAGAAUGAUCACAAAACAUACUUUUGUUGGUGAGGGGUUCACUAGAAGACCAGUAAAAACAGAAAGAAUCAUCAGGCCUACUGCUUUGAGACAAAAGAAGGCUAAUGUAACACAUCCAGAAUUGGGUGUCACAGUGUUUUUGCCAAUAUUAAGUGUCAAGAAGAAUCCACAAUCACCAAUGUAUACACAGUUAGGUGUCUUAACUAAAGGUACCAUCAUUGAAGUCAAUGUGUCUGAAUUGGGUAUGGUUACAUCUGGUGGUAAAGUCGUCUGGGGUAAAUAUGCACAAAUUACUAAUGAGCCAGACAGAGAUGGUUGUGUCAAUGCAGUUCUUCUUGUAUGA